CCGACGAAGAAGAAAGCCAACAUCUGACAGAGAAAAUGGCUGCAUGGCGGUCUGUGGACAAUUUCUUUCGGCUACAACUGCAGUCUUAAACCAUGUGGCGUUGCGUCUAACCGGGGAGCACAAUGUUUAAAAAGGCGAAACGAGCGAACUUCCGACGGCGAAAUGAGUCCGACGAGGACGAACAUGAGGACGGUCCGCGUCCCUCGCUGGCGCCGACAUUGUUCGGGCCUGUGGUGGACGAAAUCCCGUUCAUGGAGACUUCCAGCACCGCCGUCUGUGGAGCACCGAGCAGCGGGGACAGCUACAGCAGUAACGGCUUCCUGUUGAACAGCAACAGUAUGCGAGGAGUGAAGAAAGAGAAGAAAAUCAAAGACAUACCUGUGCUGCAAGUGCCCACGAAAGCCAGUCUGCUGAGUUUCAACGAUGAAGAAGAAGGAUUCGAGGUUUUCAAAGUGAAGAAAUCCAACCACAGCAAGAAGAUUGUGAAGCAGCUGAAGAAAGAAUACAAGGAUGACCUGGAGAAGUCUGGCUGUGUCAAACAGGAAAAUAAAUCAGAUGCACCACCUCAGGCACCAGUUGCCAUCAAAGAUGAAGUCACGGGUGGAGCAUGUAGUGAACAUGGGGAAGAAGAAAUGGAGGUGGACAGUACUGAGGAGCAGGAGGAAGCGGCAAGGAGUCAAGGUGGUCAGGCACAUAGUCAAGUGUCUAAGAGCAAUAACACUGGAGCAACUUUCAACACACUCUCCUCCCUUGGCAGCCUAAAACCAGGAGAGAUCCCUGAUGCUGCUUUCAUCCAUGCUGCCAGAAAGCGGCGGCAGCUCGCAAGAGAACUUGGAGGCGACGCUCCACUGGUUGAGACGGACACUCCCAAGAAACGCCUCGUUGGAGAAGACCAAGAUGUUAGUGAUGACGAAGAUGAGGUGGAGAAGAGGAUCCGCUUUAGUGGAGUCAAGAACAAAACCCAGAGACAGAAGAUAGCUGAGGAGAUAGGUAUAGAGGGUAGUGAUGACGAGGCACUUGAUACAGGGCAGGAUGAAGAGGUGAGCCGCUGGGAGCAGGAACAGAUUAGAAAAGGAAUCAGCAUUCCCCAGGUCCAGAGCACUCAGCCAGAAGACAACACCAUCUACUACCAGAACAGCUAUGAGAGUCAGCCGUAUGGAUCUUCCUACAGCAUGCCCUUCACCUACAGCACCGUGGCCCCACACACCGUCAAGCCGACUGGCCGAGCAGACAAUGGCUCUGUUCACUUCGGGGCCCCAAUUAAUGAUCUUACCCCAGUAUCCAUUGAUUUGGUAAAGAAACGCCUGCAGGAUAGACUCAGUCAAAUGCGUGCAGGCUACAACUCAAACUCCAAGCGCUUCAGACAGAUUGAAGAUGACCUCGCUGCUUCUGAGAACACCAUACAGCAGCUGGAGGGCUCGUCCAGUGACAACGCAGAGCAAUAUAAAUUCUUGCAAGAGAUGCGAGGGUAUGUUGGAGACUUGCUUGAGUGUUUCAGUGAAAAGGUGCCUGCUGUCCUGGAGCUGGAGGCUGCCAUGCACCAGUUACUAAGGCAACGGGCCUCACGACUUGUCCAGAGAAGACAGGAUGAUAUUAAAGAUGAAUCGUCGGAGUUUGCAAGCCUUUCAAAUAAAGCUGUCAUGGCUCCUAGUUUAGAUUCCUUUGGUCGAGACCGCACGGCGUACCAAGAGCACAGUCGUCAGAGGAGGAUCGCAGAAAGAGAAGCGCGACGAACACGGCGGCGACAAGCACGAGAGCAAAACGGAAAGAGAGCUGAACAUAAUGAAGGCUUGUCAUCUGAUGAUGAGGAAACAUCCACUGACAUUACGAGCUUCAACAUGGAAAGAGAUCGCAUCGGCAGGGAAUGUAAAAAAGUGUUUGAGGACGUGGUGGAAGACUUUCAUUCUCUCGACUGCAUCAAAUCCCAUUUUGAAGUGUGGAGGCGGGAUUACGCCGACACUUACAGAGACGCUUACAUCGGCCUCUGUCUGCCCAAACUCUUCAACCCUUUAGUCCGCCUGCAGCUGAUCACAUGGAACCCACUUGAGGCUCAGUGUCCGAACUUUGAGUACAUGCUCUGGUUUGAGUCGCUGCUGUUUUAUGGCUUUGAGGAGCACGGCACGUUGCAGAAAGGAGACGGCGAUAUCGGUUUGCUGCCUGCUAUCGUGGAGAAGGUCGUCCUCUCCAAACUGACAGUGUUGGCAGAGCAAGUGUGGGACCCACUGUCGUGCAGUCAAACAGCCAAGCUGGUGGGCUUCAUUCACAGACUGAUGAAAAGUUACCCCACUGUGCUGCAUGGGGAUAAUCAAUACACAAAGGAGUUGUUGAAAUCGAUCGUCUUACGGUGCCGACGGACUCUCGAUGAAGAUGUCUUUCUUCCACUUUACCCAAAAAAUGUGUUAGAGAACAAGAACAGUGGCCCCUACUUAUUCUACCAGAGACAGUUUUGGUCCUGUGUGAAGCUGCUGGGCAACAUCCUGCAGUGGCAGGGUAUCUUAUCCACUUCCUGUCUGAGGGACCUGGCUUUGGACAGCACACUCAACAGAUACAUCCUCUCUGCACUCCAGACCACGGACACGACAGAAGACAACGUUCAGAAGUGCCAGAAGGUAGUGGAGCGUCUGCCGCAGCACUGGUUCUCCGGGCUGAAGGGUCAGCAGACGCUGCCUCAGUUGGAGCCGCUGUGUCGCUACCUCACCCACCUGGCAAACUCCUCACACCGCAGCACUGUCGGUGGGUCUGAUCUGGAACGACGUGCCGUCAAGGAUCAAAUCAAAGAGGUUGUGAAGAUGUUGGGCUACAUGAACGCCCUGGAUCACAUCCUCACGGUGGCAGCAGAACACGGUGUGAAAGACAUCAAGUUACUUCUGGAAACCUUGUCAUAGAAGACUCUUCACUCAUCAGCGUUGAUCUCCUGGAAAAAUCGUGUGCGUCAAUGGAUUUGAAAUAAAAUCUUGUUACUUUGACUGUGAUGGAACAAGGGGGAAAAAUAGUUGUAAAUAUUGUGAAUACUUGUAUAAAAAAAAGGUGUUUUCUCAUACACCGACCAACAGGACUGGUGCUCAAACGAGGCCGCGUGUCGUCAGCUCAAACAUGCUCUCAAUAUUUUAAAUGCGUAAUUUAUUGAAGUAAAGUAAACAUGUGUCCACGGGUUAUUGUUCAGAGAAACUAAAUUCAUAAUUCACACAAUAUACAAUCUGGAUUCCUUUUAAAAACUGGUCCAACACCGUUGUUUCUCUCACCUGAUUUUCUUUUACGUGCCAAACAGUAAAAAUGACACAGAUGCAGAGUGACUGACUUAUUGCUCCUCACUUAAUUCUGCAGUUCCCACCGUCACCAACAGGCUGCUCUCAACAUGAGAGUUUUGUGAUCAUAUUUGUAAGAUUUGUUUUAGUAUUCUGUUUUCCUGUGAAUAAAAUGUUAAUUUGAAA